UAAAUAUGCUUUGUAUAGAUGUUGAUUUUGAAAUUUAAAGACCCUGGACUGCAUAAAAAGCUGUUCCCGCAUUUUCACGCACAAUUAAUUUUUUGACCCAACGCAAGUUCGUUGCUCAAGUCUUUUGUUUUGGCAGCUUUUAAUGUAGCGAUUUGCGGUUGGAAAAAUAUGUGAAAAGGCUAAUUUUCUCAAAUUUCUGUUCCAAUCGGACUGUGCGAUCUAAGUAGAUCUGUUUAAAAGUGAAGCUGUGAUGGAAAACCCAAAUCAGUUGUCUUCCAAAAUUCGCGAAAUGUUGAACUCACUGGUGUGGUUUUCACUUUCUCUGAUAAGUCUUGCGGUAGCUCAAGGAUCGCGUUCCUAUCUACCGCCACCCGCGACUGCAGCCAUGGAACCUAUUAUAACCAAACAGUUUUAUAGUAUUUCACCAGCCGAAGAUCCCGAGGAUGUGGAGCCAAAGACGAAGCAUUUGGUCAUAGGAAAACCGCGCAGAAAUUACCGAGUGAUAUUCAUAAGAGCUCCUAUGGGAAACAGUGAUCAAGUGAAAUAUACGGCGGAGCUGGCGCCCCAGGAGGAGCGAACCGUGAUCUAUGUUCUGACCCGGAAACAACAGGAACUGGAGGCCACGGAUAUUGCGGAGCCCCAGGCGAAACCCCAAGCCGAACAGAAGCCAGAUGUUUUCUUCAUCAAGUACAAGACCAACGAUGAGGCUGCCGCUGCCCAAAGGGAAAUCCAAGAGCAGUACGAUCAACUGGGCGGAAAUACCGAAAUCUCUGCGCCCUAUGUGGCACCCGUUAAAUCGGUGAUUGGGUCCCUGAGCAGUUCUCAAAAUCCAGCAGCACCCCCUUACCAAGCCGCUUACCAAACUGCUUACCAAUUGCCGGGAUAUCACUACGAUAGACCCACCUCCACAAUCUUGGCGCCAGUUGAACGAUCCUACUGAAACGCCGAAUAUAUUCGCACCCCCUUACCAAGCCGCUUACCAAACUGCUUACCAAUCGCCGGGAUAUCACUACGAUAGACCCACCUCCACAAUCUUGGCGCC